AUGAGUAGCAAAAGCUUCAGAAGCAAGGCAAAAUCAUGGACCAUAUGCUGCUGACACUCUCGUACACACACUGUCUCUUGUUGAUCUGUUCAUACCAGCUACUGCCAUUGCCAACCUUAAAUGCGAGAAGGAUCUCUUCUCAUCAGCAGAUACCAUCGUAAUCAACCCCAUUGAAUGCUUCGUCUCCUAUUUGCUCCGGAAUGGCCUUGAUGAGUUGAUCCAUUUCUCAUCCUCUCUUCUUGCAGCGUCUCGCCUGCCAUUACUUCGAGGGUAAUGCAGCCAAAUACCUUGUGUUGCUUCAUUCAUUCAUGGCUGUCUGUCUCUCUCUUUGUUCUUUAAUUAAGUGGCGUUAUACUUUGGAUUUCUUGCAUGGAUCAUGAGAAAGUGUCUUGGUUUUAUCUUGCUCAUUUCUGCAUGAAGCUGGAUUUGUAGAGCUGCACGUUAUAUAAGCUGGUCAUGAGGAUGAGCAAGAGCUCUGGAUGUCGUAGAGCUAGUUGCGAUCAUCAUCCCGAACAUUGCAAGUUCAUAGAAGCAACGAUAACACAGGAAGAAGAAUGCACUCAAGUUUCAAAUAAGACAACUUCAAGUAGUCCUGAGAAUAUGUUACUGUCUUCUCAAGGUCUGCCUGACAAUUUCACGGAUGAAGCAACAAAGGAUCAAUACCUCUGCAAUUCAGGCCUCCAAGCUGCAAAUCGAGAAUCGAAGAAGAAGAACUCGACGUUCUUGACAAAGUUUCAGAACAGAAUAAUUGCCUCCUUGGCAUCUGAAUCCUCCCCAUGCAGAAAUGCAUUCCGCAGACCGCUCCUCUCUAGGGAGAUAGUAGUCAGAGAAUACUUCAAAUUGGCUCGGAUUAUCAGACGAACAGCUGCAGCCUGCUUCUCGCCAUCGUCAGAUGCUGAUGAGGACUAUGACUAUCUGCCUCACAUGCAGCUUGACAAGGUGACCCAUGCAAUAAGCAGAGAGGCAUUUGGCCCUCUUUACUUGGUCACAUGAUCCAUUCCAGUUUCCUGAUCCAGAUGAUGCAUGGAGCAUGAACUCCUAAUCUCAUGUUAAGUUAUGUUUAAGCCAUUGCAUCAUCUGUCAGACUGACUCGUCGCAAGAACAUCGACAUCAUGCUGCACUUGCAGUAACCUACUGAACAUCUAACUGUAAUGCCUGUAAUGCUGUGAACAGCUCAACGCUUAUGUUUUUCAAUGCUAGUAAAUUGUACCGUAAAAGUUCUCUAUUUUUUUCCAUCCUCUUUUAUGAAUUAGUGAACCUUAAUGUAUGCAUGACAUCACAUUGCUCGAA